CAGCCCAGAUAUCUUUCCGAAGCACUGCGCAUGCUCACAGAAAAUAAAAAUGUCGGACGACGAAUUUAUGUGCGAUGAUGAUGAGGAGUACGAUUUGGAGUACUCGGAAGAAAGUAAUUCAGAACCAGAUGUUGACCUAGAGAACCAGUAUUAUAACUCAAAGGCUUUGAAAGAUGAUGAUCCAAAGGCAGCUCUUGAUAAUUUUCAAAAGGUACUGGAGCUGGAAGGCAAGGAUAAAGGAGAAUGGGGAUUUAAAGCUCUCAAACAGAUGAUCAAAAUUAACUUUAAACUGGGCAACUAUGAUGAGAUGAUGAAGAGAUACAAGUUGUUACUGACAUAUAUAAAGUCGGCAGUUACCAGGAAUUACUCCGAGAAGUCUAUCAACUCCAUUCUAGAUUACAUUUCCACAUCAAAACAGAUGGAAUUGCUACAGAAUUUCUAUGAGACGACUUUAGAUGCACUGAAAGAAGCAAAGAAUGAAAGACUGUGGUUUAAAACAAACACAAAAUUAGGCAAGCUUUACUUUGAUAGAGGAGACUUCAAUAAACUGCAGAGAAUCCUGAAACAGCUGCAUAUCUCAUGUCAGACUGAUGAUGGUGAAGAUGACUUGAAGAAAGGAACACAGUUGUUAGAAAUAUAUGCAUUAGAAAUACAGAUGUAUACAGAGCAGAAAAAUAACAAAAAGUUAAAGGCAUUAUAUGAACAGUCAUUGCAUAUCAAAUCAGCCAUUCCACAUCCGUUGAUUAUGGGUGUUAUACGAGAGUGUGGGGGCAAAAUGCACCUCCGUGAGGGAGAGUAUGAAAGGGCGCAUACAGACUUCUUUGAAGCAUUUAAAAAUUAUGAUGAGUCUGGAAGCCCAAGGAGAACUACAUGCUUAAAGUACCUUGUAUUAGCCAACAUGUUGAUGAAAUCUGGUAUCAACCCGUUUGAUUCCCAGGAGACAAAGCCUUACAAAAAUGAUCCAGAGAUCCUGGCAAUGACAAAUCUUGUUAGUGCUUACCAAAAUAACGAUAUUAAUGAAUUUGAGAAAAUCUUACGGACAAACAGACGGAACAUUAUGGAGGAUCCAUUUAUCCGUGAACAUAUUGAAGAUUUACUACGUAACAUUCGUACACAAGUGCUCAUUAAACUGAUAAAGCCAUAUACAAGAAUACAUAUUCCAUUUAUCUCAAAGGAGUUGAAUAUAGACCCUUCAGAAGUUGAGAAUCUCUUAGUUUCUUGUAUUCUAGACAGCACAAUAAAUGGAAGAAUAGACCAGGUAAAUCAAGUGUUAGAGUUGGAUCGUGAAUCGGCAGGCUGUGCAAGAUACAAUGCCCUUGAUAAAUGGACAAUACAGCUGCAAUCUUUACAUCAAGCCAUCAUCAAUAAAAUAGCAUAGAAUAUCAUUAGUAUAGACAGUUUGAAAGAGAGUUUUAUUGAUGAUGUGUGAUAUUUUUGUAACAAAAUCCAAAUUUGUGUGAGCCAAAUAAAUCGGAUCAAGCUUCUUUCAUAGUCGGGAAUUACACAGUUCCUGAGUAAAUGAAAGGCUUUUGGGAAAGACUACAAAAUAAAUUCUGGUGGAGUCCAAAUCAAGUGAAUAUGAGAACACCCUGAUACCAGUUCAGGUCAGGACUUGAGGUGCUGCAUAAAUUGUUCCAAUUUUCAAAACUCGUCAAUAUGUAGGCAAAAGACUCUUUCUUCAUUUCAGUUUGAUAAUAAGAAGUUCAAAGUUAGGAAUUAGCCUUUUAGACUACUUUUUUUCCAGAAGGUUUUAUUUAAAGUUGCUAAAUGCAUUUUUGUCAGACACUGAUGAAAAUAAAAUCACUGCUAAUAAUAUAUACACUCGUUUCCACAGGACUAUACUCAGUUGUAUUAAAAUGCAUGUAUAUAUCCGAGUUAAAAUAUUGUCUAAUCAUACCAAUAGAUACAUGAUAUGCUGCUAGUGUUUUGUUGAGUUAAGUUGUGAUUUGCACUUAAUGAAUAGUUUGCCAUUCAAUAGUCAAAACUAUUACGCAAGGGUUGAUGGCUAAUAGUUUUUAGCAAACCCUUGUUGAAUUACUGCAGGGUUAAAUAGUUGGUACUAUUAGCUGAACAUUUAUAUGGGCCGUUCCAUGUGUCUGAGAAAAUCUGUAUAAGUGACAAAAAAUCAAAUUUGAGAUAACACAAUAUCCAUGAAGAACAUUCUUUUUCCUUUCAAAUGUGAAAAUUUGAAGUAUUUAUCUUCACUAUUUCAAGAGUUACAAUGAUUUUAAGUAAGUCACCAAAGGCAUUAAUUAUAUAUUUUUGGUUUCAUCACAGGCCUUUUAUGUACAUACCUCUAUAUUUUCAUGAUGCAUGGGUGCUUUGGACUUUCCGUUGCCGUGACAGCACAUGUAAAAUUUAUUUCUAAAAUAUGGUAGAAUUUGAUUUCCCUUAGAUAAUUUUGUUACAAUAAACUUUUUUCUCGUUUCUGCAUGAACAUAUGAAAAACCAGAUUUUCAAGGACUUUCCUAAAUGCAAUAAUUAUCUAAUGUCACUAAUACAGGUUUUCUCAUGGAAUGGCACAUAUAUAAUAGUCAUGUAAUAAAAGAUCUUGUGGUGUUGUAUUUUGAAUUUGUUACAUGCAUUAAGGACAUACUGCAAACAAUGUUCAGUGAGAUUUUGUUAAAAGAUACCAAGAUGUUGAUAAACUUUAGUUUCUUAUACACUUCAUUAUGUCUAUGUCUUCAGAAGUAAAAAACAAACGAAUGUGUGCUAUAAAUAUUUAUUACACGAACAUGUCACAUGUCCUGGUAUAUUGUUGUAUAUGUUUUAUAAAUAAUAAAAAAAUAAUUAUUAGA